GUACUUUUUCUACCGAGGCAGUGCCUAAAAGGGCCUAGACCGCUGGCCUAAUGAUGAUCAUCAACCAGACUGACCUAGUAAUCCUCGAGGAUGAUCAACACUCAUGAGUUAUCAGUCCUCGGCGCCGAAGCUUGACGGCUGGAUAUUAUUUAUUUGAAUUUUUUGUGAAUAUAAACAAGAACGACGACAAUGAACGGAUCGCCGCAAAAUUCCGAGGCUGUUGCUGCCCGACGAACCGGCACCCAAGAAAAUAGUGCUGACGAAGACGACUGGAGUGCUAUUGUCGAAUGUACUGUUUUGGAAAGAUCACCAUCGGAUCGAGUAACACGAGCUGACGAGGAUCGUCGGAGACGUACUAUUAUCGUUGAAAAAAAAAAUGGAACGUAUGGUUUCACCUUACAAAGCUAUGGAAUUCACUAUAAGCGUGAGCAGGAAAUUGAAAUGGUAACUUACGUGGACUUCGUCGAGUAUGACGGACCGGCAUUCAAAGCUGGUAUGCGAGAAGGUGACGUGAUUCUGUCAAUCAAUGGGCAUGAGAUGGACCGUGCAGAUCACAAGACACUGGUUAAUUUCAUUAAGAAUUGUGACUCCCGUAUGCGUAUGGUCGUGUCGUUUGAGGACUGCGUGAGAAAGGUCGAGCUCCAUAUGCGUUACAUUGAACUACAGCGUGCCCUGCAGUCCCGUUUAGCUGAACUUGACAGACUAUGCGACCGCGAACGAUCUAUUUUGAUGGGUAGAUGGAAGACACACUCACUUCCGGCGAGAAAAAAGGCCCCUAAUUGCGGUGUUACUGACGAGGAUGGAGACUCUGCUUCUGUUACAUUCAAUUCAAAUCUCCCAUGCUGCAGACCGGCUACUUCUAUUGAGCACUUACUUUUAUAUAGCGUUUAUACUGAUGGUCGACCAUGCCUUAUACCCCGAAGCGCUGCAUGUUUAGUGACAAUAGGACCUCCUCGAUCACGCAGUGAUCAUCAUUACUUCUUAUCUAAGAAUUCGAAUGACGUCAACUUGGGACGACAUAGCUAUCAUCAGACUAAUGGAUUACCGACGACGCCAGCAAAAAAUAAAACUAAUAGCAGUGGGUCUCAGCAGCAACAAAAACUCUCAGGACAAUCACAAUCAACAUCGACCAAAGAAACUGAUAACGCACAUUCUACUAUGCACAAUAAUUUAUGUGUCGCUUGUAUAUCUAGCGCUAAUAAUCAACGGCAACGGGAACAUGUCGAGGGAGCGAGUUUGGAUGUUUAUGAUUUAGCUAGUCCUUGUUGUGAUCCUAAUUGUGUGCCGAGUCGUAGGCGUAGAGAGAAACAGAGACGAAUGCGUAGUGAGCAACAAGCUCUUCAGCAACAGCAGCAACAACAACAACAACAACAGCAGCAGCAGCAGCAACAACAGCAACAACAACAGCAGCAGCAGCAACACCCAAAUCAUUGCUCUCGAGCAUCAGGACACAGUCUUCAUUCAAUUACCAGCAGUGACAUUUCAACAAACAUUGAAAGUGUUGCCUCUUGUUCAACCUCUUUGAGCACGGACACUCUCUACUGGGACCCAAAUGUCCAGCAUCGUCCUCCCGCAUGUAUUCAAUACUCAAAACCAAAAUCCUGGGAUAAUUUAACUACAAAAGCCUUCGGGGGUUACGGGUUUGGGUACGGGUAUCUAGACACUGCUGCUAAAACUCACAGCGCUGAAAGACCUAGCAAAUCCCACAGUCGCAAAUCAUCAGGAUCUAGACGGUCUACUUCCACUGCCUACUCAAGCUCCAACUCCACUAGCUCGCAAAGACAUUUUCAGCCGACUAAAUCAACUGAAAGUCUACUUGUGCAGAGUCCAUAUCAGAGCGAGCUAGAUUCUAGUCACAGUUGCGAGUGUCUUGAUAAGUCCGACAGAUCCAGUUCCACUACCAUCGCAACCGCAGGUACUCCAACCUCUACCAGUGCAGAGAAGCACAAAAAACAUGACCAAGAGGGACAUCAUCAUCAUCAUCACCAUCACGACUCCUCGCACCAUCAUCACCACCACCAUCAUCAUCACCAGGGCAGGCAUCGCAAGUCUAGUCAUUCAGGCAGCAAAGACAGGAGCACCAAGAGCUCCGAAGUUACGCGUCUUUAAUUUGUUUUUUAUGUUUCAAGGCCUAGUCAUUAUGUAUUUAUCAAAUAAAUUCAAUAUAUAUAUAUAUCUAUAUAUAUAUAUAUGUAUACAUA